CUCGAAGUUAUAGUGUUUUCUUUCGAUAUUAAAGAUAUUUUGUAUAUAUUUUCACUAUAUUAAUGAAAAAUUGAAAGAUAUAUAUAUAACUUCUGACAAUCUGCUAAUGCUGAUCAAGAAUAUAUAUGAUUUAUAGGAAACGACAGCUUCACUGUGUUUCAAGCUUCUGACAAAAAUUUGAAUACCUUGUUAUAAUAUUUAUUUAUAUAUAUUUUAUAAUAUUUAAAUUCGGCGCCUUUUGGCUGAAAUAAAGCUAAAAACAGCUGAUUUUUCAGUUACAAAAAGCUAACACCCCUUGGUAACACUAAAAAGCGCAAACUGGUCACACAGACAAGACGAAACAACAAUAAAAAUGGAAACUGGACCAAAUGCAGAAAUUGAGCUCCUAGAGCGCGUCCUUUUGCGGCUCGGCAAUGCGGACGGAGACGAGAAGCUGGAGGCUACAGUGGGCAAAUUCCUGACUCCUGUGAUCCUGAAGAUGAACUCCCCCCACAAUGCGGUGCGCACCAAGGUUGUGGAGGUGCUGACCCACAUCAAGCGGCGGCUCUCGUCACGGGGACAGGUCCAGAUCCCAGUGGAGGCUCUGCUUGACCAGUAUGCCGCCGAGGACAGCAGCACGUUCCUGAAGAACUUUGCCAUCAUAUUCAUCGCCAUGGGCUAUCCGCGGCUGCCGCUGGAGCAACAGGCCGGUUUGGCCAGCAAGGUGGUGGGCAGCGAGGAUAAGCUGGAGAGCUACCAGGACAAGCUGUUCGCCCUGCUGCUGCCCAUACUGUCAGAAAUCAAGAUCCCGGAUGAUCCUGCGCAGCGUUCGAAGCUUCUCAAUCUGCAGGACAAGCCGGGCAUCAGUACGAACUUCCUCUCCCUCCUGCAGGAUGUGUUGCUCCUGCCCUACGGCAUCACCCAGGAUCAGGAGGUGCCGCCAGGACUGAGUCCUUAUAGUUUUAAGCGAAUCAUUGCUAAUAACUGGCGUGCCGAGGAGCUGGAGAAGGUCAAGAAGGGCAUCGUUCGCUUCCUCUGCGCCAGCGUCUUUAGCGAUGUGCAGAUCUUUGUGCCCCUGGUGGUGGCCUCGGCGGAUACACGCUUUAGCGUGGCCACUCCGGCCAUCGCCGAGCUGAGUAAGCUGUGCACCAUGCUGGACUUUAGUAGCCCGGCGGUUACAGCUCCUCUGUACACCUUGUUUGCCGGCAACCAGAGCAAGUUGACGGAUCGUCAGACGCGUCCCUGCUGUGCCCGCGUUCGCCAGAAGUUGCUGCAGUACCUCAUCAAGUGCCGCGGCAAGAGCAUCAAUGUGACCAAGGGUCUGCAGGUGAUCUUUGACGGUCUCUUUGGGACCAACACCAACCAGAAGUGCAAGGUUUUGGCGCUGAAUUUCGCGGAGUUGGUACUCAGAGAUGGCCCCCAAGAGUUGGUCUCAAAGGUGUCGAGGGUUAUACUCACCGGCAUUACCAAGGUCAUAGGGCGCGACUCCACCGAACCGAAUGAUGUCCAGAAUGCUGCAUAUUCUGCCUUGGCUCAGCAUGCUCGCAGUUUUCCCCAGGAUGUUAGUCAGGAUCUCAAGCUGGUCCUGGGUUACUUCAAUAACCUGGCCAGCUGUGCUCCUGAAUUACACUCUUCCAUACGCGAGGCUUUGGUCUCCAUGGCUCCAGCUUUCGCGUGGAAGACCAAGGAGAAGAGUGAUGCCAUGGAGGUGGAGGAGAGCACUGAUCCUUCCGCCGUCAAGUUAGAUGGCCAGCAGCAUCUUUUGUUGGCCAUGUUGCUGGACAAUGCCGAGUCCAAGAUCCAGAUAGUCCAGAAUGUGACCAGUGUCUUCCUGACCAGCUGCUAUCCGGAGUAUUAUGCCCCCGCCCGUUACCUGCUGCUGCUUAUUGCAGGCGAGCGCAAUUCCCUCCGCGAGAACGUCACCACCUACUUGUAUGGCACCUCGAAGAAGGAUCAUGUGAACUACAACCUGCUCUCCUCCAUCGAGCAGGUGGAAAACCGCACCAAUAGCGAGUCCAUUAGUGACUUCAAUCACCUGUCCCUGGAGCAGCGACGCGUGGUUCUACCCAGCUUUCCGGUGAUGAUGGCCCACGUCCAUGAAAUGGCCAACAAGCGGCUAAAAAAGAGCAAUACCUGCGUGGUGGUGGGACGCACUAAGCUCCCAUACAGCCUGGAAGUGUACGAAGAGCUGCUAGACUAUCUGCGCCUGUGCCUGUGGUAUUCCGCUGGCGUGGUCUCUGCUCCUGGGGACGAGAAGUACACCCAGGAUCUUCGCAAGUACAUCACCUUGCACUACGAGGAGGAGGAGAACAAUGCCCUGCAUCAGUAUGUGCAGUUUGUUCAGCGCAGUGUGGAGGCCAAGAGAAGCGAAUCUAAUCUCAUCUGUCUGUACGAUCUGCUGAACGCCGCUCCGGAGUUGUUUGCUGCCAAGCAGCUGCAUCUCCUAGAGCCGCUCGGCAACACCUUGAAGGAUGUUUCCGAGACUAUGCGCAUCCAUGUGGCUCAGGUCUAUGGUAUACUCUGGGCCUUUGGGUUGUCCGAUGACAAAUUUGAUGAGGAGGUGGGCGAGUGCCUCAACAACCUCACGCAAAAGACACUGGAGCACAAGCAUGGCUGGCUCCUGGUGCUGGGACACACCUUCAAUCGCAAGAUUGCCAUGCUCAAGCAGGAGAAGAAGGCCAAGGACUUUGCCACUUGGCAACAGUUUGUGAAUGCUGUCAAGAUAAUCUCUAAAACCCUCUGUGAAUCCCAGUGGCUGCUCGUUUCGGCCGCCGUCAAAUGCAUCUCCAUGAUCGGCAAGGCUGUGCAGAUACCCAACGUCAAGGUGGAGAUCCAGGUGCCCACCAACGAUGCCGAUGACGAUGAGGAGAUGACCGAGUAUACAAGCAUUGAUUCCUCCACCAAGCUUGUUGUCUUUGGUGUGGUUUUCCAGCUGCUGCGCAGUUCGUCGGCGCGUCAAAAGAUACGCGAGGAGUCGGCCAGAUGUUUGGGAUACUUGGCCAUUGGCGAUGGCGAGCACUUUACCAAACGCAAUCUGGAGAAGUUCCUUACCCUGGCCAAGGUGCAGAAGGAUGCGGCUCUAAAUAUAGCCAUAUCCGAGGCGAUUGUCAACACCCUUUGCGGCUAUGAUGUGAACAAGGGACAGCCGGAUGAGAGGUUCGUCAAUGUCCACUGCAGCGAUGUGGAUUUCGAGCAGUUCCUGAACUCGCUGAUUCGCCUGGUCACCGAACCGAAUCCAAACUCCCGGCAGGCCAUCUCCGUGUGGUUGCUGGCCGUAGUGAAGCACUGCAGCAAGCGGCCCGCCGUGCUGGCCAAGAAGGAGCUGCUGCAGUUUGCCUUCACUGAGCUGCUCUCCGAUGACAGCGAAUUUGUCCAGGACGUGGCCUCCCGUGGCCUGGGACUGGUGUACACCCUCUCCGACUCCAACAGCCAAAGCGACCUGGCCAACUCCCUGCUGGAUCAGCUCAUUGGUGGCAAACGCAAGGUGAACCAGGUCACCGCUGACACGGAAAUCUUUGCCGAAGGCAUGCUUGGUAAGACGCCCACGGGUGGCAAUAUCACCACUUACAAGGAGCUGUGCUCCCUGGCCUCGGAUCUCAACCAGCCGGACAUGAUCUAUCAGUUCAUGCAGCUGGCCAAUCACAAUGCCACCUGGACCAGCAAGCUGGGAGCAGCCUUUGGUUUGAAAACCCUUUCCGCCGAGUCCAGACAGAAGAUGCAGCCGUAUCUGGGCAGGAUUAUACCGCGUCUCUAUCGUUACAAAUACGAUCCCACGCCCAAGAUCCAGAACUCGAUGAUCUCCAUUUGGGACACCAUUGUGAGUGACUCGAAGGAGGUGACGGAGCGUUACUACUGGGAAAUUCUGCGUGAGCUUUUGGACAAUCUCACGUGCAAGGAGUGGCGAGUGAGGAUUGCCUGUUGCCUGGCGGUUCGAGAUCUCCUAAAGCGUUCGAAUGGCUUGAAACUUCGCUCGGAGGAGCUAGUGCGGCGCACACCCGCCUCCGAUGCCAUGGAAGUGGAUGAGGUGCCCGAACCGGAGCUCAAGGAGCUAUGGUUCCAACUCUUCCGUGUGAUGGAUGACAUCCAUGAGGGAACCAGAGUUGCGGCUCAUGGAACUGCUUCAUUCCUUGGCAAGCUCUGCGUCAUUGCUUCCUCCUCGGAUCAUGGCAAAUCCGGCACAGCGGUGGCUACGUCCGUUCUGCCGUAUCUCCUGGAGACUGGAGUGGGUCACAAAGUGGCUGAGAUCCGCACGGUGAGCAUCAAGACAAUUUCCGACAUGAUUGACUCUUCGGGAGCCCUAAUUGCUCCCCAUUUGGUCACCCUGAUUCCCUGCCUGCUGCGAGCCACUGGUGAGUUGGAAAACAGCAAGCUCUCGUACGUGUCCACUCGCUUGGGGGCAGACAAUGAGGCCCAGGAAGCGGUGGAUACACUCCGAGCUGAAGCUGCCAAGUCGCACCACACCAUGGAGACCAUAGGCAAGUGCGUGCGGUACAUCGAUUAUCCUGUGCUAGAGAAGAUGACCCCCGAAAUCUUAGAGCUGAUGCGCUCCAGCGUGAAUCUGGGCACAAAGAUUGGCUGUGCCCACUUUGUCUGCCUGAUCAGCAUCCGGCUGGGCAAGGAGAUGACCCCGGUGGUGGGCAAAUACAUUCGCGCUUGCUUUGUGGGCAUCAAGGAUCGCAAUGCCACGGUGCGCAAGUAUAACGCCAGUGCCAUUGGCCAUCUCCUGGGCCUGGCCAAGGAGCAGUCAAUCAAGAGCCUGUUCGCCAAGCUAGACGAACUGUAUGUGGAGCAGCCGGGAAAUCGUUCCAUCGCCCUAACUAUUCAAUCAAUGAAUAAGCGCCACCAUGAGCUGCUCAAGGACUAUAUGGACAGCAUGCUUCCUCUUAUAUUCUUUGCAAUGCACGAAGAGGCCAGUGAGGAGACCAAGGCCAAUGUGGAGCUGUGGAAGGAUCUGUGGAACGAUGUCAGUCCGGGAGAUGCAGGCAUUCGUCUCAAUCUGAAUGUAAUUAUACCCAAGUUGGAGACUUCUCUCACCGAUGCCAGUUGGUCACGCAAGGCGCAGGCGGCCAAUGCCAUCCAAACUAUAGCUACUCGGUUGAGCAGCUCCCUGGAAGAGCCCGACCGAGUGCGACUCAUCAGGCUUCUCCUAACCGGGCUGCAGGGUCGCACUUUUGAGGGCAAAGAGCGCCUCCUUCAAGCUCUGGCUGGACUCUGCAAGGGUCUAAAUCGCACCCAUGAAAUCUGUCCCACCAUCAUCGAUGCCGCCAUGAGGGAGGCCAGGAAACGAGAGCCUAUCUAUCGCACCAAUGCCUUGGCUUCUUUGGGCAACAUUCUCGACCAGCUUGAAGCAGAUCGCUUUGAGGAGGUGUACAACAUGAGCUGGAAUCUCUUAGAAAAGAAAGAGCUUCGCAAGGAGUCUGACGAUGAGGAUGAGCCCAGCACCAGCCAGGAUCUAACUGCCGAUGAGCGCAACAAGCGCGCUCAGACCCUCAACCGACUGAAGGAGGUGGUAUGGGAGACGCUGGGCAAGUCCUGGCCUCGUCACUCCAUUGAAACCCAGCACCGCUACCAGCUCUUCUUCGCCGAAAACUGCACCAGCAUUCUGGCGGAGAGCACGCGCCCAGUGCAGGUCAGCCUACUGGCAGCCCUUACCAAGUAUAUCGAGCGUCUGCAUGUCUUCGAUGAGUCUGCCCAGUUGCCUGAUCUGUCGCAGAUUAACCAAGAGAAGAAAAUCAAGACAGAGAUCAAGGCCACGCCACAAACCCGCGAGGCCAUUGUGGAGAAGAUCUGCACCGAUGUCCUGGCAGCCGUAGCUUUGGCUGCCGGUGUCCCACACACAGGUCUCAAGAAAGAAGCCCUCAACAUUGUCCUCAUGCUGAUCAAGCGGCAAAGCGGGGCCAAGAACCAGCAGCCUCUGAACCUCAUCAGGCAGAGCUUCGAAUUGAAUCUGGAGAAGUUUCAGCGCGAUUCCGCUCCAGAGAUUCGCUGCCGCAUCAAAGACAUCGAAGAGAAGCUGGGAAAGCUCACUACUGGUAAUUAGAGGACCCUGUGAUGUAAGGAUUAAUCGAUUGUGGGUGGCCAAAGGGGGUAAGUCUGGCAAGAAAACAUCGCAACUCUGGCUGAAAGAAAUUUGUAUUUUUUAAAUGAAAUCAUCUGAGGAACCAUUUAUUAAUUAAACUAAAAACUAUAUUAACUAAA